AUGGCAGACGCUGAAGACCCCCCACGUGCCGUUGGUGGUGAUGCCGGGGAGGGCCUGGGGGAUGAUGGGUCCCUCCAGAAUGACUCCUUCCCACUCUCCUCGCUGGCCAACCUGUUCGAGAGCGAGGAUACCCUGUCCCCUGCUGAGGUGGCCCGGGGCCCCCCCGGUGCUGGGGAUGGAAAGCAAAACCUCCGCAUGAAAUUCCACGGGGCCUUCCGGAAAGGCGCCCCAAAGCCCAUGGAGCUGCUGGAGGCCACCAUCUACGAGUCGGCCGUGGUCCCUGCGCCCAAGAAAGCCCCCAUGGACUCCCUCUUCGACUACGGCACCUACCGCCACCACCCCAGCGAGAACAAGCGCUGGCGCAGGAGGGUUGUGGAGAAGCAGGCACCAGGCGCAAAGGGGCCGGCUCCCAACCCGCCCCCUGUCCUCAAGGUCUUCAACAGACCCAUCCUCUUCGACAUCGUCUCCCGGGGGUCCCCAGCUGGCCUGGAUGGGCUCCUCUCCUUCCUCCUCACCCACAAGAAGCGCCUCACAGAUGAGGAGUUUCGAGAGCCCUCCACGGGGAAGACCUGCCUGCCCAAGGCCCUGCUCAACCUGAGUGGGGGCAGGAACGACACCAUCCCCCUUCUCCUCGACAUCGCUGAGAAGACCGGCAACAUGCGGGAGUUCAUCAACUCGCCCUUCAGGGAUGUCUACUACCGAGGUCAGACAGCCCUGCACAUUGCCAUUGAGCGCCGCUGCAAGCACUAUGUGGAGCUGCUGGUGGAGAAGGGAGCAGACGUGCACGCCCAGGCCCGCGGCCGCUUCUUCCAGCCUAAGGACGAGGGUGGCUACUUCUACUUCGGCGAGCUGCCCCUCUCGCUGGCCGCCUGCACCAACCAGCCCCACAUCGUGCACUACCUGACGGAGAACGGGCACAAGCAGGCGGACCUGCGACGCCAGGACUCCCGCGGCAACACCGUGCUGCACGCCCUGGUUGCCAUCGCCGACAACACCCGCGAGAACACCAAGUUUGUCACCAAGAUGUAUGACCUGCUCCUCGUCAAGUGCGCCAAGCUCUUCCCUGACACCAACCUGGAGGCGCUGCUCAACAACGAUGGCCUCUCUCCCCUCAUGAUGGCUGCCAAGACUGGCAAGAUCGGGAUCUUCCAGCACAUCAUCCGGCGGGAGAUCACAGACGAAGAUGCCCGGCACCUCUCGCGGAAGUUCAAGGACUGGGCAUACGGCCCCGUCUACUCCUCCCUCUAUGACCUCUCCUCGCUGGACACCUGCGGGGAGGAGAUGUCUGUGCUGGAGAUCCUUGUCUACAACAGCAAGAUCGAGAACCGCCAUGAGAUGUUGGCCGUGGAGCCCAUCAACGAGCUGCUGCGCGACAAGUGGCGCAAGUUCGGGGCCGUCUCCUUCUACAUCAGCGUGGUCUCCUACCUCUGUGCCAUGGUCAUCUUCACCCUCGUCGCCUACUACCGCCCCAUGGAAGGCCCCCCCCCCUACCCGUACAUCACCACCGCUGACUACCUGCGCCUGGCUGGGGAGAUCAUCACCCUUCUCACUGGCAUCCUCUUCUUCUUCACAAACAUCAAAGAUCUGUUCAUGAAGAAGUGCCCAGGCGUGAACUCCUUCUUCAUAGACGGCUCCUUCCAGCUGCUCUACUUCAUCUACUCGGUGCUGGUGAUCGUCACGGCGGGGCUGUACCUGGGCGGCAUCGAGGCGUACCUGGCCGUCAUGGUCUUCGCGCUGGUCCUGGGCUGGAUGAACGCACUGUACUUCACCCGGGGGCUCAAGCUGACGGGGACCUACAGCAUCAUGAUCCAGAAGAUCCUCUUCAAAGACCUUUUCCGCUUCCUCCUGGUCUACUUGCUCUUCAUGAUCGGCUACGCAUCAGCUCUGGUGUCCCUCCUCAACCCAUGUCCCAGCAGUGAGUCCUGCAGCGAGGAGAAGUCCAACUGCACGGUGCCCACUUACCCUUCCUGCCGGGACAGCCAGACCUUCAGCACCUUCCUGCUCGACCUCUUCAAGCUCACCAUCGGCAUGGGCGACCUGGAGAUGCUUGAGAGUGCCAAGUACCCAGUCGUCUUCAUCAUCCUCCUUGUCACCUACAUCAUCCUCACCUUUGUGCUCCUCCUCAACAUGCUCAUCGCUCUCAUGGGUGAGACUGUGGGCCAAGUCUCCAAGGAGAGCAAGCACAUCUGGAAGUUGCAGUGGGCCACCACCAUCCUGGACAUCGAGCGCUCCUUCCCUAUGUUCCUGCGGAGAGCCUUCCGCUCGGGGGAGAUGGUCACCGUGGGGAAGGGCACUGAUGGGACGCCUGACCGCCGCUGGUGCUUCAGGGUGGACGAGGUGAACUGGUCCCACUGGAACCAGAAUCUGGGCAUCAUCAGCGAGGACCCGGGCAAGAGCGACACAUACCAGUACUAUGGCUUCUCCCACACCAUGGGCAGGCUGCGGAGAGAUCGCUGGUCGACGGUGGUGCCGCGUGUGGUGGAGCUCAACAAGAGCUGCCAGCCAGAGGAAGUGGUGGUGCCGCUGGGGACCGUAGGGACGGUGGAGGCACGGGAGCGGCGGCACGGCCAGGCCUCGAGCUCCCCGCUCUAG